ACUGUAGAAUGAAUCUAAUAUCUUCAGCAUUUCUAGUAUUAGGUAAUUAAUUAAUAGAAAACUUAAAUUUCUCUUAUAGAUCGUAAGGUGAGUUUAAGUAAUCUUAUAUUUUGUUGUACGCGCAAUCUGAUUAUUAUUGUUCUAUAAUAAUUCUAUCUGUAGUUUCAAAAUCAAUUGACAAGAAAAUUGUAAAGUAGAUAGGAUAAAUACAAUUGGUCUUUAGCCUUAUCUUUAUUACUACAACUUCACUAGAAAGUUUGUUAGCUUGUAUAAAGCUGCUACGUUUCCCGUAUCUUUCUCAUUAUUUGAAGUACAGUGAAAAAAGUAAAAAGAAUAAGAAUUCCUGCGUGUUACGAAAUUUAUCGUAACAACGUGUAGAUAACAUAUUAUUUAACAAAAAAAACUAAAGUGUUCAACACAUCGAUUAUAAGUCAGGUCUGUUAUAUACACUGCCAAAUAAAUUGCCUGCAAUUUUGUUGAUAACGGAUUUGAAACUUUAAAUAACAUAUAUACGAACUUAAAUCCCAUUUAUUCUUAAGGAGGCGAUAUUCGAUUCCUUCAAACAGUAUGGCCACUUGGGAUGGCUCAUGUCACGAACCUGAAGAUUCAAAUUAUUUUUUUUAUUCGGGUCAAAAUAGUGCCAUCCCUAAUGUAGAAAGUUGGACUUUUUAUCCCAGUAAUGGGAGCAACGUUUUUUUUCAUAGUACUCAUGCACCAUAUUCGCAAAAUACUUCAAUGAUGUUGGGACAAAGUGAACAUAUUGCUUCCUGUCAAACGGAUGCUAACUUUUCAUCAGGUUCUCUAAAUUCAUUGCCUUUAAGAGACACUUGCCCAGAUUACUUAAAUGCUCCAGGCAGCACACAAGACUGUCAAGGUAACAGUAGGUCACAGAACAUGUCAACAUAUUAUUAUCAAAGCAAUCGACAAGGGAAACGAAUUAAAAAUUAUAAAGAUAACAAUAAAUAUGAAUUUCCAAAAGAAGUUAGUCGCAACAAUUGUAGCAUUGUUGAACAUUCCAAUUUACAUCCUACUGCGAGUGAAUUUGUGCCACAUGGAAUUAAACAUUAUGCCAAUCAAGCAAAUACAAAUCUACAUGUUUCUAAUUCAGAAGAUUCUAAACCAAAUUUGGCACAAGAAACAUAUGUUUCUGAUAAUGGUGGUAAAUAUAAAAAGAAAUAUAAUACAAAAAAAAAUAAUUCAUACAAAUAUAAAGAAAUGCCAGAAUAUAACUUUCGGCAAAGAAAUUCAUUUCAAAAUUCCUAUAAAACACAUGGUAGAAAUUAUAGAAAGUAUCAAAAUACUUCUGAAGAACCAGCAAGUAUGUCUAAUCAUCAUAGAAAUAAUUCAACUACUGAUGAAACUCAGAAGAACGAAAAAUUUAUGAAUAUUAAUACAAACAUCAAUGCCAAUAAAACUAAUGCAUCUAACAUCGAAGAGAAACAGGAAAUCAAUGAUCAAGCAAGAGCUAACAAAGAAAAUACUGAUGCCAGCAGCACUAUAAGUCAAAACUGUGAUCACUCGAGUAAAAAUAAUUACCAACGACAUAAUUCUAAUUUUGGAACACAACGUAUUCCUGCUAAAUAUGGUAGAAAAGUUACCAAUGAUCGCAAGAUUGGUAGAUAUGAUAAUAAUUAUCGUGAGAGAAAAAAUAACUAUCAGGAAUAUAAUAAUUAUAAGGAAAGAUAUGAAGAAAGCAAAAUAGAUAUUACUAAGGAUAAGUAUAAAAACAAAGAUGUGACUCAAGAAACUAAAGAAGUAGAGAUAGUGAAUUGGAGACAAAAGGGAGAAGGUAAUGAUAGAAAUAGUAUUUCAAAACGAAAACAGAAUAAAAAACAUGAAGAUGAUGAUGCAAGUCAAAGGGAAAGAUUAACAGAUCAAUUAAAUAGAGGACAAUUAGAAUGUUUAGUAUGCUGUGAAUAUAUAAAACAAAAUGAUUAUAUCUGGUCUUGCUCAAAUUGUUAUCAUGUUUUACAUUUGAAAUGUAUAAAAAAGUGGGCAAAAUCUUCCCAAGCAGAAAAUGGUUGGAGAUGUCCUGCAUGCCAAAAUGUAAGCACAACAAUUCCCGAAGAAUAUUUUUGUUUUUGUGGAAAAACAAAUAUGCCUGAAUGGAAUCGCAGAGACAUGGCUCAUUCGUGUGGUGAAGUUUGUGGAAGAUCUCGUAUAAAAAAUAACUGCCCUCAUAAAUGUACUUUGCUAUGUCAUCCUGGAUCUUGUCCAUCAUGUAUAGCAAUGGUAACAAAAAAUUGUGGUUGUGGUAAAACAUCACAAACGUUACAAUGUUGUGCAUUAACAUUAUUGCUAUGUGAUUCUGUUUGUGGUAAAAUCUUAAAUUGUGGAAAGCAUACAUGUGAAAAGAAAUGUCAUCAUGGGGAAUGUGAGCCCUGUGAUAAAAUUAUACAACAAGAAUGUUAUUGUGGGAAAAGUAAAAGAGAUGUAAUUUGUCAAUCUAACAUAUCUUCAACAUAUUCGUGUGAAGAUACUUGUGAAAAGUUGUUAGAUUGUGGAAAUCAUAAAUGCAAAAAAACUUGUCAUCCAAAUUCAUGUGAGCCUUGUGCACUUACACCUGAAAAAAUCACAACAUGUUAUUGUGGACGAACACCACUGUCAGACAAAAGAACGACUUGUUUAGAUCCAAUUCCAACUUGUGAAGAAAUAUGUUCUAAAAGACUUAACUGUGGUCAGCCUAGUAAUCCACAUACAUGUAAGAUAAAGUGUCAUCAAGGAGAUUGUCCUGAAUGUGAUUUAACAACAGAUGUAAAAUGUCGUUGUGGUAAUAUGGAUAGAGAAAUCCCAUGUAAAGAUUUAACAACUAAAGCAGAUGAUGCACGUUGCGAAAAAAAAUGUAUCAAAAAAAGAUCUUGUGGGAAACAUAAGUGUAAUCAAAUGUGUUGUAUUGAUCUCGAGCAUAUUUGUCCUUUACCUUGUUCUAAAACAUUAAGUUGUGGUAGACAUAAAUGUGAACAAACUUGUCAUAAAGGUAGGUGUCAACCUUGCUGGCGCAGUAGUUUCGACGAAUUAUAUUGUGAAUGUGGUACAGCUGUAAUAUAUCCUCCUGUACCCUGUGGAACUAGAAGACCCGUUUGUGAUAGACCUUGUUCGCGUGACCAUUCUUGUGGUCAUGAAGUAUUUCAUAAUUGCCACAGUGAACCAUCAUGUCCUCCAUGUACUUAUCUUACUGAAAAAUGGUGUUAUGGCAAACAUGAACUUAGAAAAGCUGUCCCAUGUUAUUUUAAUGAAAUUUCAUGUGGCUUAUUGUGCAAUAAACCUUUAUCAUGUGGAAGACAUAAAUGUAUAACUAUAUGCCACCCUGGGCCAUGUGAAAAGCCAGGACAGCAAUGUGUUCAACCAUGUAAUAUAUUAAGAGAAUUAUGUGGGCACAUAUGUGCUGCUCCGUGUCACGAGGGAAAAUGUCCUGAUACACCUUGUAAAGAAAUGGUCAAAGUAACGUGCCAAUGUGGACAUAGAAGUACAACUAGAGUAUGUGCAGAAAAUUCUAGAGAAUAUCAAAGAAUAACUAGCAAUAUUUUAGCUAGUAAAAUGGCUGAUAUGCAACUUGGUCAUUCUGUUGAUUUAGAAGAACUUUUUGGACCAGGAGCAAAGAAACAAAAUCAACUAAAAAUACUCGAAUGUAGCGACGAAUGUAAAUUAAUAGAACGAAAUAGAAGAUUAGCAUUAGGACUUCAAAUUGUUAAUCCGGAUUUAAGCGGAAAAUUAAUGCCAAGAUACACUGACUAUAUGAAGCAGUGGGCAAAAAAAGAUCCUCAUUUUUGUCAAAUGGUGCAUGAAAAACUAACGGAAUUAGUUCAACUCGCAAAGACUUCUAAACAAAAGUCAAGAAGUUAUUCAUUUGAUAGUAUGAAUAGAGAUAAACGUCGCUUUAUUCAUGAAUCUUGUGAACAUUUUGGCUGUGAAAGUCAAGCAUAUGAUCUAGAGCCAAAAAGAAACGUUGUUGCUACUGCUGUAAAAGAUAAGUGUUGGCUACCAAGUUAUAGUUUAUUAGAAAUUGUGCAAAGAAACAAUGGACAAAGAAAAGUACCAGGUCCAAUAUUGAAUACUUCUAAAGCUAACAAUUCAACAAAGACAAUCUUAGCAUUACCUAUAACAAGAAGUCAGCAAAUUGUACCAACUCCAUCAACUUCAAAAUCGCCAGAACCAGAAAUAGAUUAUUUUGAUUAUAAAGGUUAAAGGUUAUAAAUAAGCAGGUAAUUAACUAUUUAUAUAUUCAAUAUAAUUUACUUUUUACGUAUCUUUUCUAUAAGUUAAAAAAAAAUAGUAGUAUGCUUAUGAACUCGAACUAAUAAUUUUUAAGAAGAAUUAAUAUCGUAUUUAUUAAUUUCAUAAUAUUUAACAAUGCAUUGAAAAUUAAUUGAUAAACAAACUGCGGAGAAUUACUUGACUGUGCAGUUUAUUAUUCAUUCACUUUAUAAUCAUACUUGUAAGAAUAUAAUGUUAUUUUUUUGGGUGAAAUUUUGAUAUAUCUUUUAAUUAGACAAACAUUAAUACAAUCAAUGAUGUAUGAUGAAAAGUUACAAUGUUUUACAAGAAUAUGUUUAAUGAGUGUUUGAUAAGUUAAACAGAAUUAUUAGAAAUCUUAUAAUAUAAUACGUAUAUAUAAUCAAACAAAUUUUCUUAGUAAUACAUUUAUGCAUAAAAUAAAAUUAUUCAUUAUGAUAUAGUCAAAUUACAUAAAUGAAUUAUAUGGUGAAGGCACAGAUAAAAAGGCAUAAAGAAAUCUGUUUAGUGUAAUAAGGAAUUCCUUUUGAAUAUAAUAUUUCUGUUUUAUGUGUAGUUCUAUGCUUGACAUAUAAGAUUUCUAUACUGUGUAUUUGAACGUAGAAAGUAUGCAUUUCUACAUUCUGAUAAAUCGAGUGAGAGUAAAAAAAAUAUAAAAAUAAAAAAAAUAUAAAUAAAAAUAACUGUAGUAUGAUCUGCUUGAUAAAA